GCUUCAAAGAGAGCUGAGGACCCUCCAAGAGUCGAUUUCAAACAUGAGCUAUUCUUGAAGCGCGCCUUAUUCUCUCCCUUGUUCCAUCCGCGCCAGAAAGACUCAUCUGUUACGCUGCCACAGUCACGGUUCCCAUCUGCGCACACUACCCUCUUGACAUAAUCUCACAAGUCAAGCCUGGAAUUCGAACAAAAUGGCCCCUCCUAAUGUGUUGAUGGUCGGUACCGGCGAGUAUACCACUGGUUUCGUCGGUACUGGCGCCUCUGCCUCAGAUAAGAAGGUCGGCGUCGUCGGUCUCACCCUUUUUGACCUGCGCAGGCGCGGCAAGGUGGGCAACCUGAGCAUGGCCGGUGUCAACGGUACAAAGUUCCCAGCGAUCCGCGAGCAUCUCAACAAGAACAUCACCCAGGCCUACAACGGCCUGGACACAUCCUUCGACUCCUUCCCGGACAACCAAAGCAAAGACCCAGACGCCUACAAGGCCGCCAUCGACAAGCUCCAGCCCGGCGACGCCAUCACCGUCUUCACACCCGACCCAAGCCACUACCCCAUCGCCCUCUACGCCAUCGAGCGCGGCAUCCACGUGCUCCUGACCAAGCCCGCCGUCAAGGAGCUCGAGCACCACCAGACAUUGAUGCAAAAGGCCCGCGAGAAGGGCGUCCACGUCUUUGUCGAGCACCACAAGCGCUUUGAUCCCGCCUACUCAGACGCCCGGUUCAGGGCCAAGAAGCUGGGCGACUUCAACUACUUCUACUCCUACAUGUCGCAGCCCAAGUACCAGCUCGAGACCUUCAAGGCGUGGGCUGGCAGGGAGUCGGACAUUUCAUACUACCUCAACAGCCAUCACGUCGACAUUUGCGACUCCAUGGUGUCAGACCGUGGCUACGUCCCCGUCAAGGUGUCCGGCUCGUCCUCCAAGGGCGUCGCCGUCGACCUGGGCUGCGUGGACGAGACAGAGGACACCAUCUCGCUGCUCGUCACAUGGGCCAAGAAGGACGCGCCCACCAAGCGCGCCGUCGGCGUCUACACGGCCUCCUGGACCGCCCCCCAGCGCGCCGGCGUCCACACCAACCAGUACUUCCACUACCUGGCCGCCGACGGCGACAUUCGCGUCGACCAGGCGCACCGCGGCUACGAGGUGGCCGACGACAGCGCCGGCCAGAUCCAGUGGAUCAACCCCUUCUACAUGCGCUAUGCCCCCGACGAGGACGGCAACUUCCAGGGCCACACCGGCUACGGGUACGUGUCGAUUGAAAAGUUCAUUGACGGCUGCACCGCCAUCAACGACAAGAAGGCGAGUCUGGACGAUUUGGACAAGAAGGGCCUGCCCACGCUCAAGAACACGAUUGCCACAACGGCCAUCCUCGAGGCGGGGAGGAGGAGUAUUGACGAGGGACGUGAGGUGGAGAUUGUCAUUGAAGGUGAAUCGUGGAAGCUAAAGUAGGCUUGAGCUAGCAAGGAUUGGAAUGUCUCAGCGGCUCUGUGUUGGGGCAUGACCUUUGGUAAUGAGUAUAUGAACUACAUGUAUGUUGUCAAGUUACAUGCGACCAUCGAUUGGGAUCCCGAC